AUGGAUUUACUGUGGGCCAGGGAGGCUGGUCGAUAUGUGAAUACUAGGGCACAAAUUAUAGAGUCCCGGGGCUUUCGGGCUGAAAACCAUUACAUAACUACCGGUGAUGGAUAUAUACUGUCAUUUACCCGAAUAGUCAACCCUCGCGUCACCGACCGCUCAAAACUACGGCCCAUAAUAUUACAGCAUGGCUUUCAGGCCAAUGCCGACAUGUGGCUCAUUAACUCCAUGGGAAGGCUCAACGAUAAGGGCCAGUGGGUCGAGGAUAAUAACAACGGCCCGGUAGGCAAUACCCUGGGCUUUGUUUUGGCAGUUAAUGGUUAUGAUGUCUGGUUAGCUAAUAUGAGGGGAAAUAUAUAUUCACAAAAUCACACCGAGUUUAAAAUUGAUGAUCCAAGAUUCUGGAGAUUUUCCGUCGAUGAGAUGAUUGAUUAUGACUUACCGGCGAUGAUAUCAUACAUACAAAAGGAGACCCAAAAAGAGAAAAUAUCAUUUAUUGGCCACUCCCAAGGUGGUCUGAUAAUGGACUCGGAGACACCAUUCCUACUGUUACCUAAAUUUAGGAAAUCAUUGGGACACCUGUGCGACUCACUCGAACAGGUGUUUACAUAUCAACAAUGA